CCAGCACGUGUGUCUUCUUUGCAGGCCCAGCUACCAUGGCCCAUUACAAGGCUGAGCAGGAUGACUGGCUGGUUGUCUACCUGAAGUAUUUACUCUUUAUCUUCAACUUCUUCUUCUGGGUCGGGGGGGCCGCCGUCCUGGCCGUGGGUGUCUGGACGCUGGUGGAGAAGAGCGGCUACCUCAGCGUCCUGGCCUCCAGCACCUUCGCCGCCUCCGCCUACAUCCUCAUCUUCGCGGGCGCCCUUGUCAUGGCGACCGGCUUCCUGGGCUUCGGUGCCAUCAUCCGGGAGGACAGGAACUGCCUCUCCACGUAUUUCUGCCUGUUGCUGGUGAUCUUCCUCGUGGAGCUGGUGGCGGGGGUCCUGGCCCACGUGUACUACCAGAGGCUGAGCAAUGAACUGAAGCAGCACAUGACCCGGACGCUGGCUGAGAACUAUGGGCAGCCUGGAGCCAUGGAGAUCACCACGUCCGUUGACCGUCUGCAGCAGGACUUCAAGUGCUGCGGAAGCAACAGCUCUGCCGACUGGCAGCACAGCGCCUACAUCCUGUCCCGGGAGGCCGAGGGCCGCCGGGUGCCCGACAGCUGCUGCAAGACGGUGGUAGCGCGCUGCGGCCAGAGGGCUCACCCCUCCAACAUCUACAAGGUGGAGGGAGGCUGCAUCACCAAACUGGAACAGUUUCUGGCCAGCCACCUGCUGCUCAUGGGAGCAGUGGGCAUCGGGGUGGCCUGCCUGCAGACCUGCGGAAUGGUUCUCACCUGCUGCUUGCACCGGAGGCUCCAGCUGCAUGUUCACUAAUGGCCCAUCCUGUCCCCCUCCAACUGCCCCCCACAAGGACAGGGUCCAAAUCCCAUCUGCCAGACCCGCGGAGCCAGCAUAGCUCAUCUAGAAACUCCCAGAAAGUCCCCCUCCCUGGUGCCCACCCUUCAGACCCACCAAGUGCUCAAGACCACGGCUCCUGCGGUUCCCACCUGACCGGAACCCUCCACUUCUGAGUGCUCACUGCCAGCCCAGGCGGGGACUGGCCCUGCCAGGGACAGACAGGAAGCUCCCAAAGACCACAGGAAGGUGAGAGAGUUGGACUCUCUGCUCCCUCCCAGCUCCUGAAAGGACAUCAAAGAACUACAAACCUUGACCCCUCUGGACCGGGAGUUCAGCGUGACCCCCACGGGUGCUGAGCAGCCCUCCUCUCGCCUCUGCCUAGGUUUGGGGGCCUUGCUCUGGCCUCCGGAGAUGCAUCACAGUGGGCAGUUAGGGGUACCUCUGCUCCCAGAAGGCCCAGGCCUCUGAUCUGUCCACCCCAAGGCCUUCUCACGGGAGAGGAGUGUCCCCAUGGCCUGGCUCCUUCCUGCAGGGCCUGGGAGUAAAGAGAAUGAGGUGAGGCCGCUGCUGGAUGCGGGCAGUGGUAGAUGGUGGGGCUUUGGGCAGGGACCGAGGGGACUGGGGGCGUAGAGAAGGCGGGGAGUUGGCCCCACCAGGGUGCUGCAGCAGGAGCCUGCGUGGCCUGGAGGCCUUCCCAGGGAGAGGAGCCCUGGGAGAAAAGU